UCUUCAUUUCUCUGUAAUCAUAUCGUUCCAUGUAUCAAUCCAUUUUCGCCGUGAAGUUGAUGUAAAGAUUUGUUUUCUGCAUCCUCUUCAACAUCGUCUUUCUUUUCAUCCAUCUAUUUCGGGUCUUUUAUUCGUUAAUCCAUAUCGACAUCUGUUUAGAAUAUGUCUGGGUCAUCUUCUUCUUCAUUAAGUAUCAGAGAACCCUGUUUCUGUAGGCAUAUGAAAAAAGCAGAUGAGAUAAUUCUGUCUAUUCCUUCUGAUGCUGCUUGCAAGCUGUGGGGUGUUGAUAUGGGCCCUACGAAUGUGGACAUACAUACUGAUGAUGGCCGCAUUUUCAAUGUAGGGUUAACAUACUGUAAAGGAAAUUUUUUCCUUUUUUAUGGAUGGUCCAAUGUAACACGACAUUUUGGACUAUCAGAAGGAUGUUUUAUAGUAUUCAACCCCAUCGAUUGCACUACGUUUAAAUUAACCCAUUUCAUGGAUGGUGUUAGCGGUAGCUCUUUUUGGACUUAUCUCCUAUGUACAUCUUCGCAUUUUUAUGUAAUACCUGAAGUUAUCCUGCCGGAAACCUUUUCUACAUCUAUUGAUUUAAUAUCCACUAUAAUGAUAAACAACAAUCCGUUUCAUGUUAGGAUUGAAACGGAUGGCGGUAAAUUCGGAUUUACCGCUGGUAUCGACGUUAUUGUUAGUUUGUUACAUUUAGAGCCUGGUUGUUUUUUGAUAUUUACAAACUAUUUUGGUAAUGAUUUUAACUUAAAAGUAUUUGGAAAAAAUUGUGUUGAAAAGAACUUUCAUGAUGUAGUCGUUGAUGUGGUAAGGUUACAUUUUGUUGUUAUAUGUUAUAAUUGUUAAUUUAAUAAUGUAAUAUAUUGUACUAAAUGUGAUAUUUAAUUUGCAGCCUUCAGUUCCUCCUAUUGAUGCUUUGAAUGAAAUUUAUGAAGAACCACAUAGUCGUGUUUAUCGGUUUUCCCGUACCGUUGCUACCGAUUUUAUCCUUCCCGAUCGUGUUUCUGAAAUGGCCAAACUUAAUAUUUGUUUGAAAGAUAUAACC